ACUGCUGGGCUGUCAGUCAUUCAGAGCGAGCCUCUGCACUGACACACACACAUACGAACACACACACACUCACAGAGAGACGUAUAAACAGAGACAGCAUCAUGGACGUCCUGCUGCCCUCCAUGCUCGAGGAUCCGAACCUCUUGGCAGAACCAGCGGUGCAGAUCUUCGAGCAGCCGAAGCAGAGAGGAAUGCGUUUCAGGUAUAAGUGCGAGGGUCGCUCAGCAGGAAGUAUCCCGGGAGAGAAGAGCAGCGACAAUAGUCGGACCUACCCAAGUCUGCAGAUCUUGAACUACAGCGGUAAAGGAAAGGUGAAGGUUUACCUGGUGACGAAGAACGAGCCAUACCGCCCUCAUCCUCACGACCUGGUGGGGAAAGACUGCAAAGACGGAUUCUACGAGGCCGAGUUCGGACCUGACCGUCGAGUAAUCGCUUUUCAGAACCUGGGUAUUCAGUGUGUGAGGAGGAGGGAGGUGAAAGACGCCAUCAUUCAGAGGAUGACGAGGAAGAUCAACCCCUUCAACGUACCACAGGAGCAGCUGCUGCAGACGGAGGAGUACGACCUGAACGUAGUGCGUCUGUGUAUCCAGGUUUACCUGCAGGAUGAGAACGGACAGUACACCAGAGCUCUGAACCCCAUCGUCACCAACCCCAUCUAUGACAACCGAGCCCCGAACACAGCCGAGCUGAGGAUCUGUCGGGUCAAUAAGAACAGCGGCAGCGUUAAAGGAGGGGACGAGAUCUUCUUACUGUGCGACAAAGUCCAGAAAGACGACAUUGAGGUGCGAUUCUUCUCCUCUGACGGCUGGGAGGCCAAAGGCUCCUUCUCUCAGGCUGAUGUUCACCGUCAGGUCGCCAUAGUCUUUAAGACUCCGUCCUACUACAACACCUCCAUCGUCGAGUCCAUCACCGUGCAAAUGCAGCUACGUCGACCCUCUGACCAGGAAGUCAGUGAACCAUUGGACUUCAGAUAUCUGCCCGAUGACAAAGAUCCUUACGGCUACAACGAGAAGAAGCGCAAAAGAGAAAACCUGAUGAGGAUUUCAGGACUGCCCGGUGGUCCUUUCGCUGGUCUAUCCAUGAACAGGCCCAAGGCUUUCCCUCAGAGUACCAUGGGUCACAUGAGGAAAGCAGACAUCAGCGGUCUUUACCUGAGGCCGCAGCACACACCUAUGAUGCACCAACAACAGGUAUUCAACCAGCAGUACCAGCCGGCCCCUCACAGUGUCAUGAUGCCAUCUCAGGGUCCUAAUGUUCCUGUCAGCCAUCAGUGGGCCAACCCCAAUCCCCCCAUCUCCAUGGAAACAGUCACCAUCAGCCCAUCCGGUGCCGUGAACAACCUGUCCCAUCCUAACUCCAGGCCACAGCCAAGCCGUGGACCCAGUAUCCCCCAAAGAGUAGAGCACAGCUUUGAGAAUAACUUUCUCCCUGAGCUCUCCAUGACUGACCUGCAGUGCUUGGAACAACAGGCACCUGGACAGAGCCAGCAGGAGUCUCAGACCCUCUUCCACCUGCAGCAACAAAGGCCGGGGCUCCCCUCUGAGCUACGGACCCAGAAUCACCCACAGAACCAGAACCAGAACCAGGGUCUCGAGACUGGAUGGCCCAAUUUCAAUCUCAUCAAUUCUGUCCAAAACCCGUUUAAUGGGUCCGUACCUGGAGGUGGAGGGGGCUCACAGGGUCAGGGCUCUUUCCCCUUCCUGGAGGGAAUUGAAGGGGAGGAUUUCCUGAAAGGUCUGGUGGGAGGAGAUUCUCAGGCCGGCUUCCAUUUAAAACAAGAGCCACAGGUACUAGAAAACACUGCUCCUGUCAUGCACUCCCCGAGGGAAAGCCAAAGGAACACCUACACCAACCUGCUCCCCCGUCCAGCCAGCAAUGGCACCAACUUGGAUCCAAUGAGGAGCGGGAACACACAGCCCCUCAAAAACCUGCACAAUCCUGAUGGCCACUAUCCGACUCUGGCUGACUACAUCAAGUCAACUCGACAAAGUAACUGAGAAGAGCUGCUUCCAUUAAUUGAACAGGAACAGCCCUAAGGACGGAGUUGGUCUAAUUCUUCCCUGUAGAGGGAGACAUCCAGCUUUUUCUGGUCAAAAUCUGAGUCUGCAUACUCUGGAGGCACCAGGUCGCGUUUUUACACCAGUAGGAAUGAGAUCAGAGCUAUGAUCACAAAGUCGUAUCAAUAACCAGACACAGGAAGUGUUAGAAGGUGAACCUUUUAAGAUGGAUGGUUUGUUUUCUUACAAACACAUCACACAGAAUUCUUCAGGAGUUUUAGAAACAUCACUUUACGCUGAUGAUAUCCUGUUCUAUCUUUUUCAUCAGUUGUACGCUGAUGAUAUCCUAGUCUAUCUUUUCCAUCACUUGUACACUGAUGAUAUCCUUAUAUUAUGUAAAUCCAAUGACAAACAAACUGUCAGAAUGGGUUUCCCAAAGAAUGACGCUGAACCUGAGUGGAGGAGUUAGCGUACAAGGGUUGUAACCUUUUUUUGCUAGCCUAGCUUAUAUUUGAAUGCUAGGUUUGUAUAGAUACAUACAUGAGUUGUGCUUUAUUCUUUAACUUAUUAUAGUUUGUGUAAUCAGCUCAUCUUACUUCAGUUCCAUUCUCUUGUCUACACACAGACACAGGCACACACACACCUGUACCUCUUCUCUCUUACACACAGCAUCUUGUCCCGCUAUGCCUCAUAACUUUCUGUAACUUGUGUGUUUCUGCAUUUUUGACGAUAUUCAUCAGCAGUAUGUUAGAGAUGCUGACAAAGCAUCACUCGUCUUUUGAAAUGUUUCACUCGAUAUUCCAUUAUCACAUCAGGGUAUCCAUGUGAGUGGAGUCUUAUUGAUGAUGAUGUGUAUCACAGCGCUCAUCCUAAACUAUGAGGGCAGGAGAGCAACGGCAUCAAGCAGCUGCAGAAAAAUAUUACAAUGAAGACAUAAGAUACUUCAGCUUUAACAUGAGUGUCAAACCUCAGUCUGUGUAUUUACAGGAAGGACUUACGGUCAGAGGACCUCUCUCUCUCUGUGAGGCGUGAAUACAUAAAAAAAAACUUGGGCAACCAUACGUUUGCUUGGGCGGCCAGCGGGAGUGUCGUCUAUGUGUGGGAAACUUUGAGUUCAGAACGGGAUUAUCAUCUUGAUCAACUGAAAUAAAACGAGAACUUUUUUUACUCCUCCUGACACCCGCAGUCAGCAAUCAUGCUGAGAACUGUUUCCUCCUCCUCAGCCCACCUCGCCGUUGUAGUCGGUGAGGUCGUUGUUGUGCUUUUUGACCCAUCACUGACUUUGAAUGUUCACAUCAGGGCACUGACUUGAUCCUGUUUCUUCCACCUGAUGUACAAAGUCACACUUAAAUCAAGACUGGAUGUUCUCAUUCUGGAUUAAUCUCAUCAUGUUUGGACUACUUAUACCCCCUUUGAUGGAUCCGCUUUAGACCGCCUGUAGUCGAUUUACAGAGCUGCUGUGAGGCUUUUAACUCACCUGUUAUACCGAUAUAUUAUCACCUGGGCUGGCUUCAUAUUGAUGUUGAAAUGAAUCUUAUAGUGUUCACAUACAGAUCUCUGUUUGGUCGGGCUGCAACACGACGUCACAAAGAGAGAUCUUUUUAACAAGAAGUACAUUUAACUGCUCUCAACCCGCCCUCUGACACACGUGUGUUUGGUGUCCAGCUGAUGGUUUGAGACAGACUUUUUCAUCCUCAAGGCCCGGUUGCCUGGUUGCUUGGUCUUAUCAAGAUAAAAAUAAUCCAGAUUUGGUAAUACAUAUCUUUUCUAUAACAGGGUCAUGUAAUGCAGAUCACGUUGAUCACAGAGAAAAGAUGUAAAGAUCUGGAUAGCCAGUACUCUGAAGGGGCACCAAAAUCCAUACAGGCUGAAAAAUCCUCACAGCUGCUUUUAAAGUUUCAUAUAAACCUCUUCAUCUCUGAAGCAAAACCGCAAAUUAAUGUCUAAAAAGUAUCAACUACCCGGUAAAACUGUUGACAGAUUUAAAUGAUUUCUGAUAUGUUUUCCCAGAAAUCAAGUCUGAAUCCAGACCUUUACUGGGAUCAGGUUGAUCCUGAACUUUAAGUUUAAAAUUAUCACAAUCCUACUCAACAGAUUUCAACAACACAGACAUCUGAUUUUGACUUCCUGAUCUUAUUCGGUUUUUUUAACAACCCAAUUUUAUGAGUGACUCAUAUCUGAUAGCUUUAAUCCUGUCACUUGACUUUUGAACAUCCGGGCCCUGAUGAGGUCAUGAGACUGAGCUCACGUGAGUCCAGCUGGCUUCUGUUUGUGGCUGAAUCAGGUCCGAGGCUGUGAUGACGAUGAUGACAGAAAGUACAGAAGGUUUCAAAGACGUGAAUGUAUUUUUAGUUUCUUUAUUUGUCAACAUGUUGUAUAAAACAUUGUCUAGUUUGGGGGGUGGAUGUGAUUUUCAACAGAAAAAAAAUAUAUUUUGAAAGCUUCCUUAUUUCUUUGUAAAGAAUUUGUACAUAUUGUGUUUUAUUGCUCGUUAUAGCAGAGUGUUAGCCGUUAACUGCUGUCAGCUAACAGUGAAACAUUCAGAUCUCUGAAAAGCUCUUAUACUGGCGGGUACUGAGACUUUCUUUAAGGAAGUGAGGGGAAGCACCUUGAGUAUGGCGUUUCCUCUGUAAUGACUAUGUCAUAUCAGUGAUCACAUGUUAUUCACAGAACUUAAACAGCACGUUGUAUAGAUAUGAAUGUUUUAUUCAGCUUCACAGAAGCCGUUUCCACACAUGCACUCCUGAAGAUUUUUUGAAAUUUCAGGGAGGCUGCCCAUGAAAUCUUCCUGAGGGGCUUGUUCACAAAUCCACCUCACAGGGGGAGACCCUCCCUGUCCGGUGGGAGGGGGGUGGAGGGGUUUUAGUUCGAGAUGCUCACAGUAUCAGCAACAUAGCAGAGAAGAACAUAGAGCAAACAAAGCUUAGUAAAGCAGUUAAAUACAGUAUGAGCACAGAGCUCAUACAGUCUACUGUAGAGCGUCAGUCACAGGACAUAAAUAUCUUCACCCCCCUUCCACUCGCUCGCGGAGAAUUAUCUCCGGCUGCGUUCACACAUACAGCUCAACAUUAAAAUAUCAGGACAUUUUUGUGCAUGCGUGGAAACACUAAGAGUUUCUCUGGAGACACAUGUCAGGGUUCAUGUCUGUCACCAGAAGCUUCUUAACAUGUUGUCCUUUUUUUAUUUUCACAAUGUUUGCUUUAAAUUGGAAUUUUAUAUUUUGAUGACUUUCUUUGUGAGAUUUGUUAUUUUUGGAUUUUUCUACCAUGAUUUCUUAUUAAACAGUCUGUUUCACUUC